AUGGACGUGUGGGGCCCAGCCCGCGUCCGUGGACAGGGCCGCGAGCGCUACUUUCUGCUGGUCGUUGACGACUACUCGCGUUACACCACGGUCUUCCCCUUGCGCAGCAAGGGGGAGGUCCCUGAUGUUUUGAUCCCUUGGAUCGGCGCUGUCCGUCUCCAGCUCCGCGAGCGGUUCCACACGGACCUUCCAGUCCUGCGUCUGCACUCUGACAGAGGUGGUGAGUUUUCCUCCGACCUCUUGCGGGACUUUUGUCGUGGGGAGGGCAUUCUCCAGUCGUUCACGCUUCCGGCCUCUCCGCAGAAGAAUGGGGUUGCUGAGCGCCGCAUUGGCUUAGUCAUGGAGCUCAACCUCUGGCCCCGUGUCUCCUUGCCGGAGACCUCGCCUACACUGCGUUGGACGGGGAAGGUUGGCGAUGCGUCGGUGUUCCAAGUCUGGGGCUCUCGUGCCUUUGUCCGCGAUACGUCCGCGGGCAAGCUCUCCGCCCGCGCCAUUCCCUGCGUCUUCCUUGGUUUUCCCCCUGACGCGCCUGGCUGGCAGUUUUACCACCCCACCUCGCGCCGUGUCCUGCCCUCUCAGGACGUCACGUUCGACGAGUCGGUUCCCUUUUACCGGCUCUUCCCCUACCGCACUGCCCCUCUCCCCCCCCCGCCGCUCUUCCUCACACCAGGUCCUCCUCCGGUAGACCCCCUCCCCCCUGAAGGUCCUGCUCCCUCAGGUGUGUCUCAGGUAGACCCUGUCGAGCCUGUCUAG